AUGAAUUUUUUUCAAUGUCGAAAAUGGCCUAAUUUAGCACAGAAUAAAAAAAAUAUUUAUCAACGAUUAUACAAUGUCACAUAUCGAUCAUUAUCAUCAUUAUUACCUUCAAUCUGUUCUCAAGUUUUAUUCAAUGAUAAUAAUAUACUAUCUCCAUAUAUAUCCCCAAAAGAUCCACAUACAAGUGAAGAACGUCAAGCAAAAAUAAAUACAAUAUGUAAUGUUACACAAAGAUUCUGUACUGGAACAUUACAACAAUAUUCAAGUUUCAAUGAUUGUCAACAAUUUUUAAGAACACAAAUACCUUAUGGUUCAUAUGGUAGAGCAGAUCAAAGAAAUGUUAUUUGUCGUUUUGUUCAUACAUAUUUUGUACCUUUAUUACCAUCUAUACAUUGUCCACAUGUUGGUCCAACUAGAAGAGGAGCAUGUACUGAUAAAACAAUCGACUUUUAUUAUAAUCAACCAAAUUUUCUGGCUUGUGCUCAUAGACAAUAA